CGUGUUGCUAUGGUCGCUCGAGCGGUGUCGCGGCAUAUCAAAACUUUGCAAGAUUAGGUAGUCUUGUACAGCAGUUUCAUAACUUGAAGAAUCCGGGCGGAACACACAAGAUGGCCCGAAAUUAUCCUGCGAAUACGCAGAUACAAAAGUUUUUGGAAGAAUCAUACAACAAGGAGCGUGAUACAAGAUUAUCUUGGUACUUCAGAUCGAACAAAACUACUUCAUUGGCAGAGUCCAAACAGUCUGAGGUUGCCAGAAGGAAAAUCCAAUGCGCACCGAAACCAGCGGAGGAUCUGUUCAACAAGUUACCAGAAGACAGAAAACCACAAAAAUUCAACAAGAAAAAGUCAAAUUUCCAAGAUGUUCCAUUUAGAGAGAAAGAUAGUGGUGAAAUGUUGAGUGUUGCGAUGCAUCCAGUUACUACACAAGUAAGGAGUAAGCUGUACGAUGGAUUCACGAAAGAAGGCAAAGGUCGGUACCAGUAUCUGUGUGACAGAUACAAGGAAAGCCCAGAGGACAAAUUCCAAUUCCCUCUACUUAGCUCAUGGGAAUAUGGAUGGAGGUUGGGAGAUGUUGUGAAGAAAAGUGAAAUUAAGAAACCUCCAUUUGGACGUACUAGGAUAGUGGCAGAUACAUUUUACACCAGGACUGGUAUUCCUAAUAGCCCUGCUGUCGAUGUGUGAAGGUAACUUAUUAACGAUGACAAUUAAUUUAUUUCUGAAUUAAUUAUGAAGUCUUCUGCAAAAGUAUUAUGGAGAAAAUAAAAAAAACUAAAGCAUUUUGUGAUAUCACCUAUGUCAAUUGUUCCUGUGUCGUCGUGUCAGUGAUUGUAUUUCGUGUAUGUAAACUUAUGCUUCUAUGGAUUGUGCGAUCGUUCCCGGUACUGUACCAUGCUGAAAAUUGUUGAGCAGUUUUAUUUGAGGAGAAGGAAAUACCUGGAGAUUCUAGUGCUUAGAGAGAUGGGAACGUUACGUAUAUUACAUCGGUUGGAUCAUAAUUGUGAUAACAUUCUGUUUUAUUGUUUGUUGAAUAUAUAUAUAUCGGAGUGAAAAUAUGUGUCGAUUACUUUUUAUAGCAAUCAAUUAUUAUUGGAAUUUUUGAUGUUUGUCAAAUUUUAUAUUUAAAAAUUCACGCCGUUAAAAUCUAAUUGUAUUUGCUCAAAGUAGCAUCGUCUAGUAGAUUCUAUUUAUUGUUCGUGUGUCUUGUUAAUUAUAAUGCAAUAUGAAAAUGUGUACAUAUCAUAUAUAUGUAUUGUGUGAACAUAUUAUACCUAAGGUUAUACAUAUCAUGAACGAUCAGAGAAAAUUCAUCCAUUUCUCUUUUCAACCCCUUAUUCAGUGCCGUCCGUCCAAAACUGGCAAAUUUUGUCCUAUAUCCAAUGUAGAUAAUUAGUUGUACAUAAAAUGUUUACCUGUACAUAAGAAGGUUUAUUGGCGUAUAGUUCUUUAUAGUCUUUAGUAUCAAUUACAAUAUAGAUGU